AUGGGUCCACCAAAAUUUGAGACACUAAUGCCUCUUCUGGCUUCCUUCGCCCUUUUCACAAUGCUUUUAGUCAUCAUUCCACAAGGUGCAAAUCCUGCUUAUGCCUCCACACUAGAAGCACAAGCCCUCCUCAAAUGGAAAUGCGGCCUUCAAAACCAAAACCAAUCCACCUCUUCUCUAUCUACAUGGAUUAUCCCUCCUCAAAAUGCCACCAAAUCCAAUGCGACAACAGUGAGCCCAUGCAGGUGGUAUGGCAUCUUGUGUAAUCGAGCUAGGAGCGUGAUUAGAAUCAAUCUCACCAGUUCAAACAUCAAAGGUACACUCAACGAGUUCCCGUUCCCAUCUUUGCCAUGUAUUGCCUAUAUAAACUUGUACACAAAUGAACUUUUCGGCCAUAUUCCACCUCAAGUGGGUCUUUUAACCAAUCUCACCUACCUUGACCUCUCCUUCAAUCAACUAUUUAGGAUAAUACCACCGGAGAUUGGUGAGCUCACAAAGCUCAAGGUGCUUGACCUUGCCUUUAACGAGUUGAAUGGCUCUAUUCCUGAUGAAAUAGGUCAGUUGUCCUUACUAAAUGUGUUUGCCCUGUAUUCAAACCAGUUGAAUGGAUAUCUUCCUUCUUCCUUGGAUAACUUGAGUAGCCUCACUAGGCUAUCCAUCUCUGAAAAUUCCUUUUCCAAAUCUAUUCCUCUUGAAAUGGGGAAUUUGACAAACUUAGAGGAGAUUUACAUGGUUUCCAACUCCUUGACAGGGCCAAUUCCUCUCACUUUUUGUAAAUUGAUGAAAUUGACGAAAUUUCAUGCAAGUCACAAUGAACUCUUCGGCUGUAUUCCGCCUCAAGUCGGUCUUUUAACCAAUCUCACCUACCUUGACCUCUCCUUCAAUCGACUAUUUGGGAUAAUACCACGGGAGAUUGGUGAGCUCACGAAGCUCAAGGUGCUUGACCUUGCCUUUAACGAGUUAAAUGGCUGUAUUCCUAAUGAAAUAGGUCAGUUGUCCUUACUGAACAUGUUUGCCCUGUAUUCAAACCAGUUGAGUGGAUCUCUUCCUUCUUCCUUGGGUAACUUGAGCAACCUCGCUUGGCUAUCCAUCUCAAACAAUUCAUUUUCUGGUUCUAUUCCUCUUGAAAUAGGGAAUUUGACAAACUUGGAGAAAAUUUAUAUGAGCGCUAACUUCCUGACAGGGCCAUUUCCUCCCACUUUUGGGAAAUUGAUGAAACUAACAGAAUUGCACGUAUUUCAUAAUGAACUUAUUGGUUCCAUGCCCCCGGAGCUUGGGAACUUGAAGUUUCUCCACAAACUUUUCCUAUGCUAUAAUAAUCUCACCGGUUUAAUCCCCUCAACAUUAGGCAAUUUGACAGAGCUUACCCAUUUUUUUCUACAGGGGAACCAACUUUCUAGUAACAUUCCUAAUGAGUUAGGAAACCUUCGAGCUAUGAUGCAAUUGCAGUUAAGCUUGAAUCAGCUCACUGGUCCCAUUCCUCCUUCUUUUGGAAACAUUCCGGAUGUUAUUGGAAAUCUCCAUUCUCUUAUAGGGCUCAACCUUUCCCACAACCACCUUAUAGGAUCCAUUCCUCCAACCCUUGGAAACUUGGCUAAUCUUGAAUGGCUAGAUCUAUCUUCAAACAACCUUUGUGGGAGGAUUCCUAGAGAAUUGGGAAAUCUGACAUUCCUCGGGUAUUUGAACCUCUCAGAGAACCAACUCACAGGCCGCAUACCUCAAGACAAGCAACUGAGCACAUUCACAAGUGACUCAUUUUGUGGAAAUCUUGACCUAUAUGGAACCCCAUUGCAAAACACAAGCCAUAAUUAUGCUCAACCUCAUAAUAGUACAACAAAGUAUGCAAAUUGGCUUGAUAAGAGAGUAGUGGGAAUAGGCUAUGUCUUCGGAAUCGUGAUUGGAAUCACUAUAGCGUACAUUUCAUGGGAAAUUGGAAGACCCAGAUGGCUUUGGAGAAAAUUGAGGAUAGAGAUAAAAGGAGCGAAAUGGAUGAAGGCGAUCAAAUAUCAUGGAAGCCAAUGA